CACGAUGCUCUGCAAAGACAAUAAGUUAACAAACAGUAAAGAAAAUAGUAAACAAGAUGAGUGAAACUGACAGUACCGCUACUGAAGAUUCCAAUAAACUUAGCGGUAAAAAACAGAUCAAAUUCGAGUUAUGCGGAAGUGGACCGGGAUAUGUUGGUGGAGGGAUUAGGAGAAGCCUACACGGCAUCAUUUAUCAACUAAAUUUGCUUAUGUUGUUCAUGAAACGAGGUCUAGAACAAGGUUACAACUUUCAUCUGGCCACUGAAGUGGACGCCGCCGGCAAAUUCGACGAUGUAGUCUUUCAGUAUAAAGAUAACGAAGGAAACACCAAACAUCGGUUUCUUCAGGCAAAGCAUAAGCAAAACUAUAAAAGAAAGUUGAACAAAAGUGAUCUCCUCAAUCAAACCCGAGAUGACUAUAGUGUGCAGAAAUACUUCAUGUCCUACUUUAACAUCAAGACCAACAAACCUAAAUUGUUUCAAGGAGAGUACCAGGACUUCAUCAUCUGUACCAAUAUUGACAUUGACGAUGAUAUUAUCGACGAGUUCGAUGCCAUUCAGUACCCGGACCCGUUGUUAGAAUUUGAUAAAGAAAAGUGUGCUUCUCCACCGAAACGACUCAAAUUUAAAAAAGGUACUAAUUUAUAUGAAGAACUCGAGGAAAUUUUGCUGAAAAAUGCAAAUUACUACCUAAUAGCAGAGAAACUGGGAACCAUGAUGGCGAAAAUUCGUAAUGACCGCAAUAAAGUAAUAACAAUCGAAAAAAUAUUUACUGACCACAAGGAUUGGAUAAUGGAACAUAUUUUCGACACCAGCACUGAAAAAAUGAAUGGUAAUAAACAUUGCUUUAAACUAAGAGAUGACUUUUUGAAUCCAAUCGAUCAAGAUAAAGUUAAUUUAAAUGAAAUAUUCUUAAAUGCAUAUGCCAAAGAAGAAAAUGAAGAAUCAAAAUUGGAUAAUAUCAAAACUGUAUUAGCGCUAACACAAUAUCAAUUAGCUCGGUCAUUUUUGAAAAGCAAACCAAAAACUAAAGUCGUUUCGCAUCAACAACAAGAAAUAGAUACAUUUCUUAAUAAACUUGUGUUGGCUGUGAACCAGCCCACAGAAGACGAAAUCAAAGAUAUAACUCAGGAAGAAAUAGGUAACUAUAUGAAACUGAUCGAUAGUGAAUUAGUGGCCAACAAACUGCAGGUGUGUAUACUAGACUGGGCGAAAAGGAGACAUGGUUAUUUUAUCACUAGUGAAGAUUGUAAAGAUUUUUUUAGAGACGUUGAAAAUCAACUAAUGUGUUUCUGGCAAACAGGUUUAACGCUUCUGCGAAAAUCUAAAAUUGAGAAAUUAGAAUGCCUCUUCGACGAAAAUGAAACGAUACAGGCGAUAAACAACUUUCUGGUGGGUACUGAAAAUAAUCAGCUUCUUCUUCUAUAUUACGAUAAUCCACUCUUGACUGAGGCCAAACUUAUGCAAUUGAAACAGAAUGCAAGAUCUGACGAAUUCAUCUUUUGUGAUAUGGAAGUACUCUUGAAGCAGGUUGACGAUACAGUGUGUCCUUUGAAGGCUUUUCAAUCAAGAGCUAGUGACCAAUUGUUCAUAAUGUUCAGUAAUAACUCUGACGUGAAUAGUGAAGUCAAACUUUUAAUCCAUAGAUUAUUCAAAGUUCUAGUUAGCCGUGAAGAGAAACAAAUUAUAUUAAUAAUGCCAUUUAUAAUAAAAGAUCAGUUUGAGUCGUUGACCAAAUAUUUGAUUGGAGAUAUUAGAUAUGCUAAAGUAUUUGAUGUAAAUAACAAUUUCGGUGAUUUAUGCAUCGAGUCACAGGAGAAAUUGUUAAAAGAAGCGAUAUUGACAUUUAAAGGAUGCAAAGUUAAGCUGGGUGAAUUGGACGCCGAUGACUUGAAGAGAAGUAUAAGUGGUGAUAUUUUGUCACAACUGGUUUGUCGCGAGUUACAGAUAAAAGAUCUCAACAAAGAUGACCAGUAUGGCGAAGUUGCGGAGUACUAUAUUACUCGCUCUUUAUGUCGGACUAUUUCCAUCUCACCUGAAGUGAUAUCUCAAAACCAAUUUCAAAUAAAAUACGAUGAUGAUGUAAAAAGCGUUGAACCAAAUCAAGAUGUCAUACUUGUUUCUGAUAAUUCUGAUAGUAAAAUUGUCUUCGAAAGUCUUUGCCAAAGUAAUAAAAAUGAUAUACAUUGGUUGAAACAUAAAAAUGGCCAGCUAAUUUGGCAAGAAUCUAGAGGCUCCCUUUCUAAAUUACAGAAAUACGUGGUAACGGGCGGAAAUAAAACUGAAGAUGAGACAUCUGAAUUAUUUGAACAGUAUCAUCCAACUUAA